AUGCAGUGGCAGGACGCAUGCGUGGCCGCGGCGGCUGGCACGGCCGAUGCCUGCGCUGGCCCGCUGGCUCCGACUCUGAAGGUGGCGGCGUCGUCGAAGGCCCCAGCGUCGCCCUUCUUAAUGGAGCCAGUUGUCGAGCAUCCCCUUCCAUUCACGGGAGAGACGCCCACCAAUGUGUCGCCGCAGUUCGUUUGCAGCAUGCUGGGCGGGGAUUUCUCUUUCAUGUGCACCGCGAGGAUGGACAGCGUCGGCCCUUGGAGCCGCAUAUUCGACUUCUCCUUCACCGCGGACGAGGACAGCAUCACAGCGGGGGCCAUCGAGCUCACUCAAGACUUCCACUUCACUGUCUUUCGGGGCAAGAAGCCGAUCAGCGUGCGCGUGGGUGAUUUCUUUCAGCUCGGAGAGGAGUUCACCGUGCUGUGCACGGUUUCGGCCUCUGGGCACAUGAAGGUGUUCAAGGACGGCGUGCUUGUGGGUGAGAAAACGGAUGGCAUGGCGCCACUUCAUGCUGACAGGCCGCAUAUGAUGGUCGGCGGUCAUUACUUGUUCCCUGAUCAAUCCUUCCGGGGUAGCUUGAAAGACGUGAAGGUUUGGAACCUAGAAGUCCCUUGGGAGGCGUCGUCAGUGUCGAAGGUGGCCGUGAGUGUCUUGGGCGAAGUGAUCUCGGAGCAGGCCGAGAAAUCGCCCAGAUCGGAGUCGGACGGCAGGCUCCGUGGUGCCCGCGAUGCGGUGGAUCCGACGAGCGAGAGCGACGGGGACGCGGAGCUCUCAGAUCCGGAGGCCGAGACGCUUCUCUCGAGGGGCGACGAAGAAUUUGCUCGUCUGUUCGGUGUAGGCGACGUAGAGCUGAUUAGCGACACGUGGCAUGUCGUGUCGGGCCUCUCUCUGGCGCGGUCGGGCGAGGCCUCCGAGGCCGUGCUCUUCCUGAGCCGCCAGCCCGUGGAGCUCUCGGCACCUGCCCCCUCGGGCCCUGCGCGCUCGACCCCGCGCAGCUUGCUGCCGGCUCCCGGGGCCCGCGGCCGGCCUCCCUCGGCCCCCGUCUGCGGGCACGUGCCGCCGCGAGGCGGACCGCACGCCGGCCCCGCCCCGCCCGGCCGCCGCGCGCCGCCCGCCCAGCCGCGGGCCGCCAUCGGGCGCCGCCGCGCCGCCAUCGUCGGAGGGCGCGCCGCAGGGGAUCGAUGGGCAACGCCCUGCCCUCGACGCAGAAGAUCGUGUGCGGGCACACGGACGUUAAGCACCUCCGGGCCAGCCUGCUGUGCGACCGGCUGUCUCAGCCCACCGCCGACAUGGUGGAGGCCCUGCUGGCGCUGCAAGACCUGACCGUGAAGCCGCGCGGGGCCGAACCUCGCGGCUCGACGCUCGAGGUUUCGAGGUCCUCGGGUGUCUGGAUGGAGGUAGGGAUGGGCCUCCACUCGGACUCGUCGCGGCCAGUUGUUCCUCCGCUGGAGCCUCAGCUCUGUGGUGGCCGGAGAUCUACAGCAAAAUCAGGGGGGAGAGCGCAGUCCUGGGAAUGGGGUCGAUAGGUCUGUUAGCC